AGAUGGCGGCUAUCGAUGAAGUUUUAGCCGAUUGUGCCGAUUUGGAUGAAAGUUUAUCAAGUUUGACUGAGACAGAUGAACGUAAAACAUUGAUCAAUAAACACAUAGAAAAACUGUCCAAUAGACGAUAUUAUCAAAUUCCUGAAUUUUCUAAGGAAUUUGAAUGGUUAAACGUGUCUGAACCCCUGUUAUUGUCCAAUCAGUUGAAAGGAAAAGUUUUGGUGCUGGAUUUCUUCACGUAUUGCUGUAUUAACUGUAUGCACGUCUUACCAGAUCUUCACGAACUUGAGAGAAAAUUCACAAUAACUGAUGGAGUUGUGGUUCUUGGAGUACAUUCAGCUAAGUUUUUAAAUGAGAAAUUAACUGCUAAUAUUCUGAGUGCCGUUUUACGCUACGACAUCACACAUCCAGUCGUCAACGAUUCCGAAGCCUCAUUAUGGCACAAAUUACAAAUCAUGUGCUGGCCAACAUUUGUAAUUGUCGGCCCUCAAGGUCAGUUUCUCUACAACCUUGUAGGUGAAGGUCACAAGGAUCAGUUAUUUGAAUUCGUAGACAUAGCUGUAGAAUAUUUUAAAACUGUCGGAGAAAUAAAAUCCCAUGAUUUGCCAAUUUCUUUGGAAAAAAAUCGGCUUCCUGAUUCGCCUCUUAAGUUUCCGGGUAAAAUUGAAUUUAAUGGAGAUAGCUUGAUCAUCAGUGAUUCUGGAAAUCAUCGGCUUGUGAUCAUAGAUUUGAAUGGAGUUGUCCAGGAAGUAAUAGGUAGUGGAAGUCGAGGUUAUAAAGAUGGUGAUUUUAAUACAGCAAGUUUCUCGUCACCUCAAGGAACAGUAGUUAAAGAUAAUGUUAUAUAUGUCGCUGAUACUGAUAACCAUACUGUUAGAAAGGUAGAUCUUAUAUCAAGAAAUGUAACUACAGUGAUAGGUACCAGACAACAAGGAGAUGAUAAAGUAGGCGGUAAGAUUGGUACCCAGCAGAUUAUCUCCUCACCUUGGGAUCUCACACUCGGAAAAUCACCAGGGUCUACUGUAGAAGAUGUUUUAUAUAUCGCCAUGGCUGGAACUCACCAGAUCUGGAUUUAUUGUUUACAAGAUAUAACUUGGUAUAAAGGCCUGAAAUACCCAGCUUUUACCUGCGUUAGGUUUGUUGGUAGCGGAGCAGAAGAAAACCGAAACAAUAGUUAUCCCCAGAAAGCUGGCCUGGCUCAACCAUCGGGCGUAGUAAUAUCACAUGAUGAGGAAGUAAACAGUCUUUUUAUUGCUGAUAGCGAGAGUUCUACUAUAAGAACGAUAAGUUUAAAAGAUGGAGCUGUUAAAAAUCUAGUUGGUGGAGAACGAGAUCCAAACAAUCUGUUUGCCUUUGGUGAUGUUGAUGGUAAAGGAGUUGAAGCUAAGUUACAACAUCCACUAGGUGUUGCUUUAUUACAAGAUAAACAGCAACUAUUGAUAGCUGACUCCUAUAAUCAUAAGAUAAAAAGUGUUGACUUGAAAACGAAGAUGUGUACUACUAUAUUAGGUAAUGGUAGUCAUGGUAACCAGGGAGAUAACUCUACUAGUGUUUUAAAUGAACCAGGAGGAUUGUGUGUUGAUGGAAAGAAAGAAAUAGUUUAUAUAGCCGAUACAAAUAACAGUGAAAUUAAAAUACUUGAUUUAAAAACAUCAAAAUUAUCAAAGCUUCCUAUAAUAUUUAGAGAUGAACCUGUUUCUAGAUUAUCCAGUGAACAUAGUAUUGAAGCUGAUGUUACAAUAGAACAACCUGUAGUCUUUGUUCACCAGGACAGUACAGUGGCUAUAGAGGUGGAGCUUAUUUGCAAUAGAAAAGAGAAACUGAAUGAAGAAGCACCACAAAGCUGGAAAGUUUUAAAUACUGAAGGAAAUCCUGGUUUACAGUUUAUUGGUGGGUUGAAAGGAAAGUUAGUGGGAAACAAGAAACAGACUAUUACUAAAGUAAAAGUAGAGAAGAGAGACAAUAAUGAGAAACAGACUAUAAUGAUGUUAUUUCAAUUAUUCACAUGUCUUGUAGAUAGUGAUGUGUGUACAAUGAAAAGAGUUUUAGUGACACAAACUUUAGAUAUAACCGCGUCUACUACUAACACUGAUCAUGUAACUCUAGCGAUUAAAUUAUGAUAGUGCGCUUUAAAUCAAAAACACAUACAAAUAAAUUGCAGUGCAAAUAAAAUGGGGUUUAACGUCCUACUUUUCUGCAACAAACCGGAUAAUGAAGACAUGAAAUGAAAUUGGAGUUUGACAUCAUAUUGAAUUGGUGAAGGCUUGAAAUAAGGUUAAACAUUGUAUAUGUCGGUUCUAUCCGGUCUAAUGAAGACGAACAUACCCAUACAGUGUGCUAUGAGGAAAAGUUUGCCAGUACUGCGGCGCUACGGCGCUACGGCCUACUGUUAUUUCGAAUUCCAACUGCCAAGGAUUCUUUUACAGGAACACCAAUUUGUACACAGGACCUGAACAACUAUACCUUGUCCCUUGCCAGGCCCUUUGUCCUGGGGGUCACGGUGGCUAAGUGGGUAAGACGCUGGUCAGCUAGUCUGGAGGUCGGGUGUUUCGAUCCCAGCAUUGCCCGAGAAAGUUCAUCCAGAUUUUCCGGCGUGUUUCCCCCUUGUCAGUGAUACAGGACGGAGGGGCUGACAAGGACAGCUGUUUAGUCAUUUGGAUGGAACGAAAAACCGAAGUCCUGUGUACACAUUGGCGUGUACGUAAAAGAUCCCUUUGACAGUUGGAAUUUGAUAAAAGAGUAGGCCAUAGUGCCACUGUCCGGGUAAGAUUUCCCUCAUAGCACACUGUAUGACGUAUGCCCGUCUUCAAUAGCCCAGUCGGAGCAGAACAGUAGGACAUUAAACCCCAUUUCAUUUCAUUUCCUUUCAUCCUGCAUGUGCGCACUGUAUCAUAAGGUCUGUCAACUGGUGUGGUUUCGAUUCACCCGUUGUACGUGACAAGGAGAAGGGGCGUCUGUCCAACCUCGUGGGUUUUCUCCGGGUCCUCCGGUUUCCUCCCACUGCUAAAGAUCCCUACACGCAAGCGAAUCAUUGAAAUAAAAUUGAACCAUGUGUUAGUUCCGAAAUGACCUAGCUUGUGUUGAGUGGAUGUUUAACCCCAUUUCUCUCUCUCUCUCUCUCUCUCUCUCUCUCUCUCUAUCACCAGGCUGGAAUGAAUGACAGCAACUAGAAAGAGGCUAUAUUUUUUCUACUAAGAUUUAUUAUUGUACAGUUUUACAUAUAUAAAAAUAAAAUAUAUAAACAUACA